AUGAAGGCAUCGCUCUUCUUCCCCAUCGCCUUCUUCGCUGUGCGAGUUCUGGCCGACGUACCUCCAGCUUGUCUACUGAGUGCAGUUAAUACACAAGACGAACCCAGUGAUCUAUCUGCAAUAUGUGGCAGUGAUGCACAAGAUGUACAACAGGCCAUCGCCAGUCUGUGCUCUGACAACGCCUCAGUAGCACAAUCUGCCUUCAUUUCUACAUGCUCUGCUGCUGGCUCGACAGUUGCCCCCUACACAGCUACUGGAACCUCGACUGCUACAGGCUCUGCUCGAACAACUGGUGCGACUCAAACCUCGAACUCCGGUGGAUCUGGUGCAUCAGCAUCAAACACUGCUGGUGGAGCAUCUGCAACUGGCAAUGCAGCUGCCGACGUUAAGCAAGUUGGUAGCUUCGCUGCAGCAGCAAUCGCCAUUGCAGGUGUGGUUGCCGUCUUGUAA